AGGUUUGAAUGUUUGAUAUAUGGUAACGGCGGUGAAACAUGAACCAAAUAUGUCGUUUAGGCUGAUAUAUGUCGUUUAGGCUGAUUUGGGUGACGUGAUCUAAUUCAAUACUGUGAUAGGUCGAUUUAAUUUGCAUAUGUAAUAGUCUAGAUGUUGAUCUUAUUCAACUUUUAAUAUUGUUAGAUAAACAUAAGUUAUAUUAAUAAUUAAUUAAAGAGUUCAUCAAAAUGUUUUAAUUUUAAUUUUGACAGAAAUCCCCAGCUUUUUAAAUUAAUUAAUUAUUAUUGUGUGAUAUACUCUAUUUAAGAAAUAAUAAAUGGCCUAAUAUAUUUUGGUUAUGUCAUCAUUUACGUAAGAAGACUAGCUAAUUAGAUAAAGUAAAAGAAUAAUCCCCGGCACAAAGUUUAACGAUAAAUAAGAUAUGUUUUCUUAUUAGGCACUUUUCUUUUCGGAUCAACUUUUUUUUUAUUUUGCUGCAGAACAACUUUAGUAGCAACAUGGCCCAGAUAGAAUUUGAAAGAAUAUGUCAAAUAUUCUUGUUACGUUUAUCCUUAUCGUAUAUACUCUGAUUUCCUAUAUUCCCUCCUCUUUUUGAGGAUCUACAAACUGUAAUUAGUUUAUAUAGGAUCCUCCAUGUACGUUGGUGAUGAGGUGAGGAAAUACAAGCUUUCAUGGUAUCAGAGCCUACUCUCUGAUCCUCUCUUAUUUUUUUUUUUUUUUUUUUUUGUUUCGUGAUCUCUCCUCUGUUCUUCUACAUCUUCGAUGGCGGCUGCAACCACCUCGACCGAGAGAGCCUAUGGAGUCACGAACAUAAAAACUCACAUACCAAUUGUCUUGGAUCUUGAUGAAUGCAACUACGAUGCGUGGAGGGAGCUGCUCCUGAUGCACUGCCUUACCUUCGAUAGCCUUGAUCACCUUGACGGAACCCUCGCUCCAACUGGUGAUGAUGAUACGGCUUGGCAUAAGCGAGAUGCGAUUGUGAAAUUGUGGCUAUACGGCACUAUCACAAAACCGCUUUUCAAAUCUACCUUCCAAAAAGGUGGAAGCGCUCAUGAUGUCUGGACUAGAAUUGAAAAUCAGUUCAGGAACAACAAAGAAGCCCGCGUGAUGCAGCUAGAUAGCGAGCUCCGCAGCAAAGAGAUAGGCGAUCUUUCAAUCAACGAGUACUGUCAGCAACUCAAGUCUACUGCAGACCUCCUUGCCAAUCUCGACUCACCAGUAGCAGAUAAAACUCUGGUAAUGUAUAUGCUAAAUGGCUUAAAUGAGAAGUUUGACUAUGUGCUUAAUGUGAUCAAGCACGAGAAACCAUUUCCAUCGUUUGAUGAUGCGAAGAGCAUGCUAGAGAUGGAAGAGACCAGGCUGAAGAAAACGAAAAAAGUGACUGCGUCUCACAAUGAUCAUGCCUCUCCCUCAACCGCACUUGUGGCCACCAAUCAACAAAGCACACAGCAGCAACAGAACCAAACAACAGAAACAACAACCGCGGCAACAGACGAGGAAACAAAAACAGGGGACGCUACAACAACAACAACUACCACCAGCGACCCUCGUACAAUAACUGGACACCUCCGCCAUUCUGGUACGGAUCCUACAGCAACAACUUUCAACCACAACAGCAGACCCCGUGGCAAACACUCCCACAAGGAUUCUACCAGCCUCGUCAGUAUGCACCACAAUCACAAGCUGCUCCGGCUCAAGCUCAUUUCGCAGACACGUCACUGCAGCCGACUAAAGACUUUGCGGAAGCCUUUAACACCAUGACCCUCACUGAUCCGUCUCAAAAUGGCUGGUUCAUG